UCACGGUUAUUUCUAUCAUGUCAUUACACUAAACCUUAAAGGUUAUGGUAAGGUCAUUUCCGGAUAUAUUUCUGGUACUCCGCAGAAACGAGCACUUCCUUUUUAUUAUUCUUGCGCGUUCUGUCGUUUUACAAGCAAACGCGAAAUAUUGAUGUAUAUCAGUUUGCUGUAUUAUAUGAAAAACAUUUAACUAAUGUUGGCCAUAUGUGUGAUAAGCUGUUGCAUGUCAUUUAAAAUUGUAUCAUAACAUAGAAACUAUGUUUUUGCCGCGGAUGAACAUUGUUAUGGUCAUUCAGUUGUAAGGUCACGAUACGGAAACCAAUUUCCAAACUUAUGAGAGGAAUUUCGUGAAAUUUUGAGGAAACUUCUUUCUUAAAUGAAGUAUGGGUCAGACUCUGUCUGAACCUGUUACUACCAAGGAAACUUCCAGCUGUCAGAACCAGUUCUUAAAGGUUGGCUCAUCAUGUAUGCAGGGAUGGAGAAUAAACAUGGAGGAUGCCCACACACACCUUCUGUCACUACCAGGUGACAAGGACGCACAGUUCUUUGGAGUGUUCGACGGUCACGGAGGUGCCAAAAUAGCUCAAUAUGCAGGGAUCAAUCUUCAUAAGAAAAUUGUGUCACAUCCGGCAUACUCUCAGGGAAAUGUGCCUGAAGCGAUUCGACAGGGCUUCCUAGGAUUGGACGAGGAAAUGAUCAAAGAUGAAGCCAUGAAAGAGGAGCUAGCAGGAACAACAGCUGUGAUAACGAUAUUCAAAGGCAAUACCAUCUACUGUGGUAAUGUUGGAGACUCUCGAGCUGUGGUGAGCAUAAAGGGAACAGUGGAACAGUUGUCUCACGAUCACAAACCUGGCAAUGAAUCGGAAACCAAAAGGAUCAUUUCAGCCGGAGGAUGGGUAGAGUUUAAUAGAGUAAAUGGUAAUUUAGCACUUUCUAGAGCACUAGGAGACUUUGUGUUUAAGAAAAACGAGAAGAAGGGUCCAGAAGAACAGAUUGUUACAGCGUAUCCGGAUGUGAUUGAGAACCGUAUCACACCAGACCAUGAGUUCCUAGUCAUAGCCUGUGAUGGUAUCUGGGACGUCCUCACUAGCCAGGAGGUUGUAGAUUUCGUCAGAGCGCGAAUAGCACAAGGCAUGGAACCAGAUAUUAUUUGUGAAGAGUUGAUGACAAGAUGUUUAGCACCUGACUGUCAAAUGGGUGGACUUGGGUGUGAUAAUAUGACUGUGGUGUUGGUUUGUUUUUUAUUUGGUCAAAGUUAUGAUGACUUGAUUAAAAAAUGUGCCAAGCCUGGUGCACGAGGGGCUUCCACGGCACAUCUCACAAGCUACCAGGCCAGCUACAACCGCGUUGAUCUCAAGUGACAUAACCAAUCAUCCUGUAUAUGGAACUCGAGCAAUAACGUGUCCCUUCACCGUACAAAAUGGUUUUAGUUUAAUCAAACAUGGAUCUUUUUUCAGUACACCACAUUUCUGGAUCUAAAUCAAAGGAAUCUUAUUAUAAUUUUCAGUGCAAGUUUGGUAAAAAGUUAGGAAUCAAAAAUUAGUUAUGUUUUAAAUUUACCAAUUUGAAAGUCUCUGGCUAUGUAGCUAUUUAAGAUGUCAUAAUUUUUGUCCUUACAUUAUCAGGUAUUCAGUAAAACUGAACUUGUAUUUUUAUGAAAUUGUGUUUUUUUCCUUUCAUUCUUUAUGAAUAUUGCAAAUAAAAAAUCAGUCAUUGCAGUUGAUUGUUAGAGAAUUUUAUGACUUAAUAAUUUUCUUGAUGUAAAUUAAACCUUGUCAGUUGAUAUUAAUUAAAAUUAUUAAAAUUGAAAAAAAAAAGUUCACUUGUUGGAAAACUGUCCACGUCCUUGAAAGUUUUAUAGAAAUUUUCCAAUUGAAUCAAAAAGGUAUUUUUUUUAUUUUGUAUUUAAUUUCAUCACAUUUUCUAUAAUGCAAUUUUUACUAUUUUGUUCGGUUUAACAGUAUGAAAUUUGGUAGUUACUUCGAAACCAUAUCCUUUCAAUAGCCAUAGUGUUUUUAUGCAGUGCAAACAUGUAACAGGGUCCUAUAAGAGCUGCCAUCGUACACUGGCCUAGGAUUGUAAUGUUAGGCAGUGUAAGAAAAGGAGGUUCUUCUGUGUUAUUUCACUGAGUUUGGAUAUUUGGUAAACUUCAAAGUAAUUUUGAUUUUCUCAAAAUAGAGAUAAGGGAUUUCCAAUCCAGGAAUUGAUGAACUUCCAUCUUAUCUUUUUACAUAAAGAAAGCUAAAACAAAGUGUUUUGUCCACUUGUCUGUAACUUAAGUAAAAUGGCUUACAAAAUUUGCUUAAAAACGAAAAACUUAACAUUAUUGCCCAAGCUACAUCAUACAUUUGAAACCACAUUUCUGGUGUACAAUAUUGGCUCUCGGAAUCCUGGUUUUUCGCACUUUGUAAAUAUGUUAUGGCCAUCGCCACAAUAUGAUGGUGGCUGUCCUAGUGAUACUAAAUUUCUGUUAACUAUGUACAUCCUUAUUUUUCCCUUUUAAACAACUGCAACAUAAAACAAAGUUUUCUUUUUCUUUUUCUUGAAUUUUUGGUAUACAUUUGUAGAUUUUGGCAGUGAGUGUUGAUGUAUACAUUGUAGUAGUAGGUUACUGAUUGUGAUAGAUUGAUGGUAGCAGUAGUGUAUGCCUCUGUGAUAUUAAUGUGAGUGGAUCUUAUGUAAUCCUUUAUAGGACCAAUUUCUGUCCAGUUCACUCCAGGUCUCUUAAGUUCAUGAUUUACUAAUAUAUCAGCAAGUUGUUUGUUAAAUACUGAAUUGAGAUAAAUGCUGUUAAAUUAGGUCUGAGCAGCAUCGAUAUGUCUAGGAGACGAGCUGUUCUUUACAGCUCCUCUUAAGCUGUUAUUUCAAAAUAUUUACCGGUUAAUGUACAUGAAAAUAGAUAAACCUGUUUGGAAAGUUUGGUACAACAUUUACAAAGGAUCAGUAUCUUACUAUAAGUCUUAAUGAACCAAGGCGGUUUGUAAGCUUGACAGGGUAAAAUAUUAUCCAUCCGUAAAAAUUAAAAAUAUUUUGUGCAUCUAUUCUUUAAUAAUGGUAUUUAUCCCAGUAAACUUGUACCAGUUUUACUUGUAUAACCCUUUAACGUUGUUCACUAGUCACACUUGUAACUUAUCGUAGAUAAUGACGAUCAGAGCUCUAGUCUGUCACAUUGUGAUAUCAUGUAACGUUUAGCACUGUAUACAACUACCUAUUUAUCCUUCUUUAACAGUAUGAAAUACAUAAUGUUUUAUUGAAAAAAAAUUCUAGGUAAAUUCACAUAAAUAAUUUUUAAUCUAUAUUUCAUUAGGGUAAAACAGUAUAAAAGAACUAAUAGAGAUAGAACAGGAACUGUUGAUAGCCAUCAGCAAUUAAACGCUGUUCAAUCAGCUUUUUCUGUGGCUAUUUUUUAUAACUAUCUUUCUACGUAAUUACGGACAGAACAUUUAGUGAAAUCGAAAAAUGUCUUAUGUCAAUGAACUUGUUAUCUAGUCCUGUAGUACAAUUGUACAUCAACACACGAUUUAAUUGACAGUAAACCCUGAAGUUUGACAGGUUUAGAUAUAUUAAAGUAGAUAAAAGCACUCCAACUACCCCAUAACAAUGGGUUAUUGUUUUUUCAAUUUAAAAAAAAAAAUGAAAUGUUUGAUACAACAGAUAUUGGCUCAAAAUUUAAAGAUCAGACACGUGUGUUUUAAAUUAUAUGGUUACUGAUCUAACUUUUCAGUAAGCUUUUUUUUUCUGCAGUGAUAUUAACCUAUCUAUAUCAAGCAAUACAUUUUUCUGCAAUAGUAUAUUCUAAUUGAAUAUAUAUUAAACAAUAAAUUUUCCUGAGUUUAUAUAUACAUGGUAUAUUAAGUUAUAUUACAACAUACUGGAUUUUGUUUGCACUUCCGAUAUAGCAGGUGUGCAUCAUUAGCUUAAUGACUAAUAAAGGUUAACUUUGAAUCGCUGAUAAUUUCAACGAUAAAAAAAAUCGAAAAAAUAUUAAGUAUGUCCUGAGAUUUAUUAAAACAAAAUGACUCUCUGGAAUCAUA